CGGAGGCAACCAAAGCAACCAUUAAACCAACCCGAGCACCGUCAAGCAACUCUAGCGAAGGGCCUAGUACAAAGCAAAGCUCUGCGGCUUCAGAUUCUGAGAUACACGCAUCGAUCAUCUCGCAUCUCUUCAGUUCUGAAUUUCUGCGUGUAUGGGGAACUGCUUCAAGUCGCAGCGCGCCGCCGCAUCGUGGGCCGACGACGGCGAGUGGGAGGAUGAGGAGGAGCAGCAGCAGCAGCAGCAUCUACAUGAGAUGGCGGCGGUCGAGAAGAUGGAGCGGGUGGAGGUGAAGAUCAGGGUGACGAGGAGGCAGCUCCAGGAGCUGCUGGAGAAGGCCGCCGGCGAGGGCAAGGGGCGGCCGGUCGAGAAGGUGCUGGCAGAGAUGAUCAGCUCCGGCAAGGUUUGCUACGAGCAGGAGGCAGCGGGCUGGCGGCCGUCGCUGCAAAGCAUACCGGAGGCCGACGAGUCAUAGAUUAUUCAGUGGAUCUUUUGAUUCCAUAGGACUGUUUUAUGUUCCUUGAUUGAUUCUCCACAUGUGUAUAGUUGCUCUAGCUAGGAAGAUAUUGUAGUUUGAUCGUCAUUCUUUCGGAGAUGUACAGGCUACGAGACUGAUUGAGAGAGAUUGCUGGAACUUUUUUUACUUGAGCAGAUUUCUGAUAUAGCUCUGUCCCUGAACUUUGUACUCAUAUGGCCUCAGAUGUCUCGAUGAUCACUGAUGAACUGCAGAGAGACGAUGAACUUCACAGCUAGUAAUGAAAAUUUUGAGCCAAAAA